AGCUGGGUGACGGGCUCAAGCAGCAAAUGCAACCGCCCUGAGCCUAGCUGACCUAGCUGCCUAGCUGUCACCCUUCCCAAAUGCAGUUUCGUGAAGUGAUCGGCUUCUUGCUGGUCAUCUUUAUUUCGUCUGAGGCCUUUAAGACGCACGCGAAGCAUGCGGCGCUGGCAGACGACACGGGAAAUCCCAUCCGCAAGGUAGUCGCCAUGAUGGAGAAGAUGGCCAAAAAGAUUGAAGAGGAGGGAAAGUCUGAAGAAGAUCUAUUUGAGAAGUUUGAGUGCUAUUGCAAAAAGACCACUGCAGAGUUGGAAGAGAGCAUUAGCAUUGCAGUCAGCAGCCCCAUGACGCAGGCGGACAUCGACAGCCGCAAGGCUGAAGUCGAUAGCUUGGAGGCAGAGGUGAAGAAACUGUUUCGAGCGAUGGAUGUUGCUGGGGCCUUGGGCAGGUUCGAAUGGGGCAGCUAA